AGAAACAUAUAGUUUAGCUAUAAAGAAAGACCUCAUCAAUAUCAAGAUUCCUAGAUCAAGUCUGCAAAUAUUAUCAAGAGCUGAUUAUCAUAAUGGAUAGGAUCAGCGAGUUGCCUGAUGCUUUGCUCUUGCAGAUACUGUCUUUGGUUCAGACCAAAGACCGUGUUGCCACGAGUCUUCUGUCAAAACGAUGGGAGACUCUCUGGACGCUGGUUCCUAAACUUGACUUCCAUCUUGAAUGUGGAAGCGACUCUGAGUUCGUCAACAGGUCUUUGCUAUUGCAUAGAGCUCCGGUUCUUGAAACCUUUUCUUUAAAACUUGAUACGUUUCAGAUUAAUCCUCUAGACAUCGGGUUAUGGAUUAGAACCGCGGUUGAUCACGGUGUUCGUGAGCUAAAACUUGAUCAUACCGCCACCAACGAAGAACCUAUCAGACUACCUAGGAGCUUUUAUACUUGUCAAACACUCGUUGUCCUAAAGCUUAAAAACGCAAGUCUUGUGGGUUUUUCUUCAAAAUCUUCCUCGGUUUGUUUCCAAUCUCUCAAGAUCUUACACCUUCUGUCCGUGAUAUACUCAGAUGAGAAGUCUCUUGAAACCAUUUUAUCAAGCUGCUCUAGUCUCAAAGAUUUGGUGGUGGAGUGUUGUCCUAACGACAACGUCUUCAUUUUCACUAUUAACAUUCCUUCGCUACAGAGUUUGUCUCUGAAAAGAUCAGCAAAAUAUUAUCGGAAAAACUGUGUUGGGUUUGUGAUUAAUGCUCCUUCUUUGAAGUACUUGAACGUCAGAGACUAUCGUGGCUCCUUUUGUUUGGCUGAAGAUAUGCCUCAGCUUGUGGAAGCUAAUGUUGAAGUCUGUUAUGACAAACUUGAUGAGCUUCUUGGAUCUCUCACUUCAGUCAAGAGUCUUACGAUAUGUUCAACCAAUCCCAAUGCUCCAUGUGCUAUUGGUACAACCUUUCAACAACUUGUGCAUCUAGAGAUAUGUACAUGUAAACCAGACUGGUGGAAUCUACUAGUGUGUCUGCUCACAGCAACUCCUAAACUACGAGUUCUCAAGCUUAAACGGGAUUGUAGCAAAGGAGGGUGUUGGAACGAACCUGGCUCUGUCCCGGUUUGCCUGUUAACCAGUCUUGAAUAUUUUGAGUGGAGACAUUACAAAGGAACGAAAGAUCAGAGUGAUCUUGUGACUUAUAUCUUGAGGAGUUCUUGUCAUUUGAAAAUGGUGAAAAUCCUCACCGAGACAGAUGAUCAUGAGGAGCAACUUGAGAUGAUUAAGAAGUUAGCAUUCUCACCUAGAGCAUCAAAUACAUGUCAAGUUGAUUUCGACUAAUGAACAUUAAUUCUCUUAUCCAAUUGAAAAUUGGAUCCAAUGAUAAACAUUGAGUGUUAUUAUUUCGGUGAAGCGCCUUUUUUUAUGUUUACCAUACUAGUUAAAUAUCGUAGUCAAGAAGAUAUUUAACUAGUAUGGUAAACAUAAAAAAAAACGCUUCACCGAAAUAAUAACACUCAGAAUUCCCGAAGGGCAAUGAUAAACAACGUUCGCUUCAACAAUAUUAAUGCAUUUCAUUUUCACUAUUAACGUUCCUUCACUACAGAGUUCAUCUCUGAAUAGAUCAUCAAAAAAUUAUCCUUCUUUGAAGUACUUAAACAUCAGAGACUAUCGUGGCUCCUUUUGUUUGGCUGAAGAUAUACCU